AUGGAGCUGCACGUUGUGGCAGCCACGAGGCCAGCUACAGAUGACAAUAUGGCCGACGACGGCCGUUUUCGGGUAGACAUUGAGAGUAGUUCAAGCAUCCUGAGCAGCCACGACGAGACGGACGCGGCAGCGCCACCGAGAUCCUUCACCCCUACGCAAGUUCGAUCUGACCCACCGUUUGGUGGACAUGUUCCCGCUCAUCGGCUUUCUCCCGAGCGUGAACCGAACGACGAGGAGCAUAUCUUGGCGACCAAACUGCUGCUGCUGCUGAAGACCGCCAACUUGGCGGACUUGCCGUGGAAAUCCUGCAAACUCUGCACAACUCGGACGCAAGUACGUCAAGUUGCAAUACGCAUGCUUGUAGUGAACAACCCGGUGUCGCUCAUCGCAGAGAAACACAAGAAAAACGUGGCGCUCGUUGUGUACCGCAAGGAGGACAAGAAUGCGGCCGUGUACGCUGCUGACAUCCGCGAGGACAACAUGCCUGACCCUGAGAACCCGCUGGACGUGAACUAG